UGUUCGUAAAAUGAUCUGAGUAGCACUAGUGUCUGGUGCAACACACCCAAUGUUUGUGUUUUCAAAAUUCUCGUGAUCACCGUAAUUUUUAAUAACAAUAAAUCGGUAUGUAGACACCAAGUGAUUUAAUCUUCAAAAAUGUGGACGACGACGAAAACAACUAAAUACGGCGUCGCCGUCUACAAUUGGCGAGGAGACACAAGAUACGGACUGCCAUUAGAGAUUGGAGAAACGGUUCAUAUUUUAGAAGAAUGUGCAGGAUGGUAUAGAGGCUUUUCAACAAAGAAUCGAGCAGUGAAAGGUAUAUUUCCCAGUUCUUAUAUUCAUUUGAAACCAUGCAAAAUCGAAAACGAAGGCCUGUUCGAGUCAGUAAUACCAGAGGAAGAUCCAGUAGUACGAGAAGUUACCCUAGUUCUUCGAGAAUGGGGUGGAAUCUGGAAGAGACUUUAUGUGGAACGGGAGAUUUACAAAUUCAACACAUUAAGAAAGGUAAUGAGAGAAUUACUGGAAUGGAGACGACAACUUCUAGGUGGAACUCUAACGACAGAUCAAACAAGGGAAUUGAAACUACGAAUCAUCAACAAAGUGGACUGGGGAAAUCGAAAACUCGGACUAGAUUUAGUGCCUCGACAAGGAGCACACAUGGUAGAACCAGAUACUAUGUCUGUAGUGGAUCUUUAUUAUGUGCACGUUCAAAGCGCUGAAAAUUCUCAAGGAGCAUCAGCAAGAGGGACUUUACGUCGUAAAGAGCACAAAAAAGUACUCACUCAUCAUCUUUACUUUUGUAUGAGAGACUUUGGCCAUUCCGUUGGUGAAGAUACAGAAAUAUAUUUUUCCCUGUGGGACUCUAGACGAAAUCAAUAUUUAAGCGAACGUUUCCUAGUACGAAUAUCCAAAGAAGGUUUUUCUAAUUAUGUUGAAAAACUACACAGCAAUUGUACCAUUUUUACUGAUCUUGGAAAUUCAGAUCUUAGUCGUGAUCUGUAUGUAGUAGCUCAUGUGAUGCGAUGUGGUCGAAUGCUUUAUUCUGAUUCUAAUAAAAAUAAAAGUGGUGGUGUUAAUUACCGACGACCUCAUGGAGUUGGUGUAUUAUCAUUAGCAGAAGCUGCUCAAGAUCAUAGUGAAGAAUUAGAGAUGACAUUUAAGGUAUAUCAAGGCGAAGAAAAAGAAUUUCAUCAGCUUCAUGAACAGAUAAUAAAAAACAACAAGUGUUCUCCUCUUCCCGGUCAACCAAAUUACGGAAUUGUUGUAUCACUACGAGUUCUUCAUGGUGAAUUAUCUCAAGUGCGAGAAGAAAAUCCUCAUCUUUUUAAAAAUGUUUGCCUCACAAGAAAACUGGGAUUUUCUGAUGUCAUAAUGCCAGGCGAUGUAAGAAAUGAUUUGUAUUUAAGAUUAGAACGUGGAGAAUUUGAACGAGGUGGUAAAUCAACUGGAAAAAAUAUUGAGGUAACAAUGUUGGUGCUUGAUGCAGAAGGACAACCUUUGGAAGGUUGUUUAUUUGGAGCUGCUGGUAUGGAAGGUAGUUCUGAAUACCAAAGCCUAGUAAUUUAUCAUCACAAUAGCCCAUACUGGGGUGAGACUGUUAGACUUGCUGUUCCUAUUGAAAAGUUUUAUGGGAGCCAUAUACGAUUUGAAUUUCGUCAUUGUUCUACUCGAGAAAAAAAUGAUAAAAAAUUAUUUGACUUUGCUUUCGUACGAUUAAUGGAGCCAGAUGGUGGUGCUACAAUUCAAGAUGGUCUGCAUGAACUUUAUAUAUAUAAAUGUGAAGAACGUGCUAAAUUAGACUCCUUGAGUUAUCUCGCUUUACCAUCAAAUGCACGGGAACCAAAUUAUUCUGGAGUUCCACCAUUUAUUCGAUCACCAAAAGAAGCUGUUUUUAUUUCAACAUUAUUAUGUAGCACAAAAUUAACUCAAAAUGUCGAUUUAUUGAGCCUCCUACAAUGGAAAACACAUCCAGAAGGAAUAGCAGAAGCUUUAGGACGAGUUUUACGCCUAGAUGGUGAAGAAUUGGUGAAAUUUCUUCAAGAUAUACUUGAUGCUUUAUUCGCUAUGUUUCACACAGAAGAUGGAAACUCAACAGCACAUUCUGGGCUUGUUUUUCAAGUUCUUGUUUCAAUAUUUAGCCAUUUGGAGGAUUCAAAAUUUGAACAUUUUAAGCCUGUGAUAGAUGCUUAUAUUUCCGGCCAUUUUGCUGCUGCCCUCGUUUAUAAAGGCUUGUUAAGUAGUGUACAACAUUGUGCUGAUUGGGUGACAGCAGCAGAAAAGCAGGAACCAAUAAUGAAAUGUUUCCGUUCACUUGAAUAUAUAUUCAAAUUCAUCAUACAGAGUAGAUUAUUGUUUGCUCGAGCUACUGCCGGUCAAUAUGAAGAUAGCUUCAAGAGGGAUCUUUAUUGUGUAUUCGCUGCUUUAAACAAGAUGCUAACACUACCAUAUGAAAUGGUUUUACUCUCUCAAGUAGCUUUACUAUUGUCAAUAUCAUCAGUCUUUGAACAGCUUGUUGCUGUUUUGCCGGUAUUAGAAAUUGCUAAGCUUACCUGCACAAUGUUGGAUUCUGUUCCAAGAGAACCUCAUCCACAGCUUAUGCAAGCGAAACUUGUGGCCAUAAAAAAUCUCGUUACGUCGACACUCUUUCAAGACGACGAGAGUAGAAAUUUACUUCUAACGACAAUCUGUAGACAUAUAAGAAUUCAUUUAGCAAGAAGAGAAGAACUUCGGUCUUGUACAGAUAUUCUUGGAGAAAUUUUAAAAUUCCUCUAUAAGCGAGGUUGUGAUACAAACAAAGUCAAUAACUGUAUUCACCAUGACAUUGAAACUUUAUGUCUUUCUAUUCUUGAUGUCUUAAUACAAACCAUUUUGAUAAUUAUUGACGCUAAUGGACCAGUUUUAGGAUGUCUUGUUGCAUGUCUUCUAGGACUGCUUCAGCAAUUAGAUGAAUAUCAUUAUGCAAGAUUGUGGGAAGAGUUUAGUUUAGGAGGUGAAAAGAAACCAUUAAAGGAUUUUCUUUUACGAGUAUUUUUAGUUCUUAAAGAUUUAGUUCGUCAAGAAAUAUUCCCACCUGAUUGGUUAGUCAUGAGGAUGAAGGCAAAUAAUAUAAUAUUAAAAUCACUCCAAGAAUUAGCACAACCAUUAGCAUUUAAAUUUCUCCACAUGAAUUUUGAUUCUCAACUUUGGUCUACAUAUUUUAAUCUUGCUGUAGCAUAUCUUACACAACCUUCACUACAAUUAGAACAUUUUUCAGAAGUAAAAAGAGAAAAAAUUGUAGAAAAAUAUGGUGAUAUGAGAGUACUUAUGGGCUUUCAAAUUUUAUCAAUGUGGUCUCAUCUUGGAGAACGAAAAUUGGAAUUUAUUCCAGGAAUGGUUGGACCAUUCCUUGAAGUAACUUUAGUUCCUGAAAGUGAAUUAAGAAAAGCGACUUUGCAUAUUUUCUUCGAUAUGAUGGAAAGUGAGCAACGAGCUCGUGGUAGCUUUAAAUCAGUCGAGUCGGAAUUGAUCGAUAAAUUGGAUAUUUUGAUAAGCGAAAAUAAAGGAGAUGAUGAAUAUCGUCAAUUAUUUAAUACUAUGUUACUCGACCGAGUACAAUCAGAAGACCCAACGUGGAAAGAUAGCGGAACAGCGUUUAUUACUUCUGUUACUCGGCUGUUAGAGCGAUUACUAGACUACCGGAGUGUAAUUCAAGGAGAUGAGAACCGUGACAAACGCAUGUCAUGCACAGUUAAUUUAUUGAAUUUCUAUAAAAAUGAAUUUAACCGUAAGGAAAUGUAUCUACGUUACAUCUAUAAACUCCAGGAUCUCCAUUUAGCAGCUGAGAAUUAUACAGAAGCGGGAUUUACAAUGAAACUUUAUGCUGAUCAAUUAAGUUGGGAUUCCACAGCUUUAUUAUCUGCUGAUCAUGCACAUCCUCAACAACCUGAAUGGCAAAGAAAAGAGAGACUUUAUCAUGAAAUAAUUCAUUACUUUGAUCGUGGCAAGUGUUGGGAAAAAGGAAUUCCUCUUUGCAAGGAAUUAGCAGUACUUUAUGAAACACGCCUCUACGAUUAUGCAAAACUGAGUCAUAUCCUAAAAAUGCAAGCUAAAUUUUUUGAUAAUAUUCUAACGCAAUUACGACCGGAACCUGAAUAUUUUCGAGUUGGAUUUUACGGUCUUAGUUUUCCUCUAUUUGUUCGAAAUAAACUUUUUAUCUAUCGCGGAUUGGAGUAUGAAAGAAUAGGUGCCUUCACUCAAAGACUUCAAACUGAAUUUCCGAGCGCACAAAUUCUAACUAAAAAUUCCCCACCGGACGAAAGUAUUAUUACUUCUGAAGGUCAAUAUAUUCAAAUAUGCAACGUUAAACCAAUUCCGGAUGAAGGUAGUUUGGCAUGUACCGUAGGUGAAGUUCCAGAACGUGUGGUAGCAUAUUACCUUGUUAAUGAUGUUCGGAAAUUUACGUUUGAUCGACCAUUACAUCGUGGGCCAGUUGACCGUGAAAAUGAGUUUAAAUCAUUGUGGAUUGAACGUACAACGUUAACAACUGAAGCGAAACUACCGGGAAUAUUACGUUGGUUUGAAGUAAUAGAAAGACGUUCAGAACUCCUUGCACCGGUUCAAUUUGCUUGUGAGACAAUGCAAAAUGUUGAAACAGAACUAAGAAGACUUAUGGCUCAAUAUACAGCUGAACCACAUCGAAAUAUUAAUCCAUUUAGUAUGAGACUGCAAGGAAUAAUUGAUGCCAAUGUAAUGGGUGGUAUAACUAAAUAUCAAGAAGCAUUUUUAACUCCCGAAUUUGCUCGACAAAAUCCUGAAAUGGUUCCACAUGUUAAUAAACUCAAGAAUUUAAUUCUUGAUCAGAUGAGUGUUCUUGAAUCAGGUUUAGUUCUUCAUGGACAAAUAGCACCAGCAGGCGUUCAGCCACUACACAAGAGACUGAAUGAAAGAUUUACUCAACUAAAACAGGGUUUGGGUAAUUUAGCAAGACAACGUACAAUUCAUCAAGACAGUAUUAUUAAUUCGCCAUUGCCUCCAUUGCCAACCAACGAAAAACAACGUCCAGCUACAUUAGAAACCGCAUCACGAUUAUCACAAGGAGACAGUGAUGGGCUUGCUGAUGAUGAAGGAUUUUAUACAAAAGUUGAUGGAGCUCCACCACCUAUUCCUCAACGAGAGGUUCGACCUCGUUCAGUUGGCUAUGGAUCUACACCACCUAGACCAACACAUCAUAGGACUUUAAGUAAACCUCUCAGUCCUAAACUACCACUGAGGCAUUCUCUACCUACUCCAACUGAUGGUACAGACCAAACAAACAUGAGAAGUUCUUGGAGUGAACCUGGACCUGAACAAGCACCUCCUUUACCACCAAGAGGGUGUACUCCAGACAAACGAGAAUCGAAUUCUGGUUCUGUUGGACCACCAGCACCACCAAAACGUUUAUCGCACAAAAAGAAUACCGAGUGGAGUAUGGAAGAUGAUACAGAUAAUACAGAUUCUAAUGAUUUAAGAGAUUCAGGAAUUUCUACAACUAGUCUAUUAGAUUUUCAGUCUCAUUUAAGUAAUUUAAAUAAUCUCAGUUAUGAAGAUUUUGAACCAAGAUUGAGAACCAAUGAUAUCAUGAACAUUUCACCACCUUCUGUGAUAAACGCAUUGAACGUUUCCACAAGUAGUUUUUCGAGUGCCACAUUACAAGGUUCACAAACAGUUUUGAAUCAAGAGUUAAGUCCACCUCCUAUUCCACCAAAAGCUCACCAAGACACUCCAUCAGCUCCAUCAACUUUAGAACGUCCAUCGAAUCGUAUUCAUGGAUCUGGCCAUACUGAAAAUUAUUCAGUACCUAAAUUACAAACACUGUCAGUUGCCACUGAUGGCGAAAGUACUGUGUAACAAUGACAUCCUAGUCUUAGUCUAAUAGUCAUGAUGAUAUACAAAAAGCGCACUUCUCAAAAGUUGAACAUUUUUUUUGUUCAAAAAUAAUUGAGGAUGCACAAAUCAAUUAUAAGAAAAUGUGUAAUAAUCUUAGUUAAUAAGGAAAUUAUGACCUAUAGAUUAAUAUAAUUUUAUCAAACUAUAUUGUAUAUCUUUGCUUCAAUUAAUUGCAAAAAAUUUAAAGCUGAAUCAUGAUUGUUUCGUUUUUUUUACAUAGACAUUUUUUUAAAAUAAUAAUUGUAACUUUGCGCUU